GAUUGCAGUCAUAAAACUCAUGUCAGAUAAAUCCAGUCUGUGCCCCGCAGAGAGAUCCUGAUGCCUGUGAACACUAAAAUACACGCAAUGUGUGUCAUUUACCCUGAAAGGGACUGACUGGAGCACAGGAGACGCUCACUGACUCUGCCGCACACACUCACUUCUGCAGUCGUCAGCAGCAGCCACAUGGACUCUGCGUCUUCUGCACAAUUCCUAGCGCCCGAUGCGAACGGCUCAGCUACUACACCCGCUCCUCCUCCUCCUCCCUACCAGCUCCUGCCCGCUCUCUGCCGCUUCUCCUGGGGGAGCCAGCAUCUUCCAACCGUUCCUCCUGCUGGGAACCCUGCAUUUCUCUAGUUGGGAGCCUGUAUAUCUCUAGUUGGGAGCCUGUAUAUCUCUAGUUAGGAGCCUGCAUUUCUCUAGCGCUUUUCCUUUGGAGCCUGCGUUCCCUAGCGCUUCUCCUUAGCAGCCUGCAUUUCUCUAGUAAGGAGCCUGCGUUUCUCUAGCGUUUCUCCUUAGGAGCCUGUAUUUCUCUAGCGCUUCUCUUGCGCUUUGGAACCAGCAUCUAUCAAGUUCUACCCAAGACAAACCAAAGCAAAGGGAUACAUCACUAAGCUUCCAGCUACUAUUCAGAAAAAGGGGCUCAGCUAAAGAAAUUCCAUCACACACCUGGCCGACUUGCUCUCUAUCCCAGCUGUCUUUGGCUACAACAUUGUGACUUCUUUUGCUUCAGACGCACCUCAGCAGUUCCAUAAACUUUUCCUAGACUUUUGUCAGAUUUAGCCGGGGGGAUAGCGGCUGCCAGCCAUGAGCGGCUGCUCCAAGAGGUGUAAGCGCGGAAUAUUCCGCUGUUUCCAGACGCUGUUUAAGCUGCUGACAGGUACCCUGCACAAAGACAAAGUAGAAGAUGAGUUGGAGAUGACAACAGUUUGUUAUCGACCAGAAGGACUCGAACAGCUUGAAGCACAGACUAACUUUAACAAAAGGGAAUUACAAGUUCUAUACAGAGGAUUCAAAAAUGAAUGUCCAAGUGGAGUUGUUAAUGAAGAUACCUUCAAACUGAUAUAUUCACAGUUCUUCCCUCAUGGGGAUGCCAGUAUGUACGCACACUAUCUCUUCAAUGCAUUUGAUGCUGCACAAUCAGGAUCAGUAAAAUUUGAGGAUUUUGUCGCUGCAUUGUCAGUAUUGUUAAGAGGAUCUAUUCAUGAAAAACUGAGGUGGACUUUCAACCUCUACGACAUAAACAAAGAUGGAAAUAUAAACAAAGAGGAAAUGAUGGAUAUAGUAAAAGCCAUAUAUGAUAUGAUGGGGAAGUACACCUACCCAGUCCUUAAAGAAGAUGCUCCAAAACAACACGUAGAAGUAUUUUUUCAGAAAAUGGACAAAAACAAAGAUGGCGUUGUAACAUUAGAUGAGUUCAUUGAAUCUUGCCAAGAGGAUGACAACAUUAUGAGAUCAUUACAACUUUUUGAAAAUGUGAUGUAGCGCCAUGGAGACACUUGUUAUUUAUUGUGAAUAUCAUAAAACUGAAGCCACAAUAUGGAAAAAGAAAAUAAUCCAGCUCUCUUUAACACAAGGGGAUUUUGGAUCUCAGCCAUUAUUAAAGGAUUUAAGAGUUUUGUAUGUAUCCGAAUAGGGAAGAGUCUCAAAAAUUUCCCUGGUAUAAAAGUUAAUAAAACCAUUAGAUUUUAUAUCCUUUUUCAUGCAUGCCUUUAAAAAUUUGCCAAAUGAAAAAAAAAGUUGCUUUUAUUUUAAAAGACACUAAAUAAAUAUUUUGCUUGUCAGCUGUAAAUGCUUCUGCCAGCGGAAUCGAAUAAAAAUUGGUUACAAAAGCAAAAAUUGAUAAAGUCAUUGCUUGCAUCGACAUUUUACUGUAAUUAGGGGACACGCGUGUGUCUGUCUUUCCUUAAUUAUUUUAAAAAUGGAGCUUCAUUAAUAAAAUACAAUCAUUUGACAUUUUAUUGUAAAAUCUUCCCAUAAUAUGUACAGUCAUUGUUAUCUUUAAAAAGUGUUUUGUUUCAUUGCCCUUUGUACUGUAUGAUGAACAGAUAUUUUAUUUUCAAAUAAAGCACAACAUAAAGCUUAA